GUUGUGUUGUGGUCAGCUGUCCCCGCCUCCGCUCGUGGUGCUGCUGGAGGAUCAGAAAUAAGAGCUGAGCUGCUGAAGAAAUAAAUGAUAUACUGCUUCAAGACGUCUCCUGCUCCUAGUGACCACUUGCACAGAGAUCAAAUUUGCAUCUUCAAACACAUCAGAACAUUCCAGCAAGAGUGAUGUUACGCUGUUGAAACGGAUAAAACAUAAAACUAUGUCCAGAAGAGGCUCCAGGAGUCAGCAAAUGUCAUCUGGUCCCCUGCACAAGAGCACAUCUCGCAGACAAACACAGAAAUGCGGCAAGAAAAGAACUCACUACUGCUCAGAGUGUGGAAAAAGUUUUAUUCAUUAUAGUUAUUUCCAACGACACCAGCGCAUUCACACAGGAGAGAAGCCAUAUCACUGCUCAGAGUGUGGAAAGAGCUUCAGUCAAGAGACUCACCUCAAACAACACCAACGCAUUCACACAGGAAUUAAACCACAUCACUGCUCAGAGUGUGGGAAGAGUUUUGCUCAGCAGAGUGCUCUCCAGCAACACCAGCGCAUUCACACUGGAGAAAAGCCAUAUCAUUGUGCAGAGUGUGGGAAGAGUUUUAAUCAACUGAGUAAUCUCCAACAGCACCAGCUCAUUCACACAGGAGAGAAGCCGUAUCACUGCUCAGAGUGUGGGAAGAGUUUUACUGUACAGAGUAAUCUCAAAACACACCAGCGCAUUCACACGGGAGAGAAGCCAUAUUACUGCUCAGAGUGUGGGAAGAGUUUUACUUUACAGAGUACUUUCCAAAAACACCAGCGCAUUCACACAGGAGAGAAGCCGUAUCACUGCUCAGAAUGCGGGAAGAGUUUUAAUCAACAGAGUACACUCCAAAAACACAAGCGCAUUCACACAGGAGAGAAGCCGUAUCACUGCUCAGAGUGUGGGAGAAAUUUUAAUCAACAAAGUACUCUCCAAAAACACCAGCGCAUUCACACGGGAGAGAAGCCGUAUCACUGCUCAGAGUGUGGAAAAAAUUUUACUUUACAGAGUACUCUCCAACAACACCAGCGCAUUCACACAGGAGAGAAGCCGUAUUACUGCUCAGAGUGUGGGAAGAGUUUCAGGCAUUUAAAUCCUAUGAAGAUACACAAGUGCACUAAGAGUGUUGGUGAAAAUAAGCAGUGAUGAGUGUAACCUUAAUGUCAUUUCCAGCAUCUGGAGGCAAUGUUGCUUUCAAUCCAUAUUUCAAAUAAACUAGAUAGCUGUGUUUUAAAUGGUAAAUACACAUAUAGUUGUUUUACACUGUUUCUAAAGUAUGUGCUUAAAGAAAAACUAGUUCCUGUGCUGUGAACACUAAGUCAAGCCCAUAUGCCAUGUGCAACAUUUUUCAGCACCCCAAAAAAUAUUAAUUUGACUUUUCACAUAUAACCUCGUUUCCAAAAAAGUUGGAAUACUGCAAAAUGAAAACAAUGCAAUGAUGUGCAAGUUUAAACCUUAU